AUGUGGACAAAUGCACUAUGUUCGGGAUUGUUCAUUCGCAAAUCACAUGUGCAAAGAGUGCAAACGGGUUGGCCACAAAGAGGGUUAUUGCAGCUGCUUUUCCAAGCAAAAAUCAGUGAAACCGGAAGAGGAGAAAAAGUCAUCAUUCAAAUCCAGCAAAUCCACCAGAAAAGCAAAAUCCGCGUAUAUGUUGUGAACCACAUCGCUCAACAUUCAAACAAGCGAAAGUACGUGCCCACAUUCAUUAAUGGCGUAGCAACCAAGCUACAAUUGGAUACAGCGAGCGACAUCACGGUGAUCUCGAAACAAACGUGGAACUACUUGGGAAGACCUGCAAUCAAGAAACCAACUAUUCAAGCCAUGAACGCAUCAGGCAAGCCGCUCAAGCUCAUGGGCGAAUUCCAGUGCGAAAUAUGCAUCAACGACAGAAGCACCCAAGGACGCUGUUUUGUAACAUCUACUGCCAACCUCAACCUCAUGGGCAUCGACUGGAUAGAAUUGUUCGGACUAUGGUCAAUUCCCAUCGACUCGGUCUGCAAUCAAAUCAAGAUGAAGUCGCUCGAUCAGCAAGUUCGUGAGUUCCGAGCAAAGCACUCAGAAGUAUUCAGUAAAUCUCUAGGACAUUGUAAGAAGUUGAAGGUAAAACUCUAUCUGAAAUCAAAUUCCAAACCAGUAUUCUGUCCAAAACGACCGGUUCCAUUCAACACUAUACCAUUGGUUGAUGCCGAACUCACACGGCUACAAUCAUUGGGCAUCAUUCAGCCGGUCGAUUUCUCUGAAUGGGCUGCUCCUAUCGUGGCGGUACGCAAACCAAACGGCCGAGUCCGCAUCUGUGCGGACUACUCGACUGGACUCAAUGAAGCGCUGGAAGCCAAUCAUUAUCCGCUUCCAACUCCGGAGGAAAUUUUCGCUCAACUCAACGGCAGCACCAUCUUCAGUAUCGUCGACCUUUCAGACGCAUACCUGCAACUCGAGGUAGAUGAUGAUUCCAAGAAGUUACUCACGAUUAACACCCAUCGUGGCUUGUUCCAGUUCAAUCGCCUAGCACCAGGGGUAAAAUCAGCGCCAGGAGCUUUCCAACGUCUGGUAGAUGCAAUGAUUGCCAACAUACCAGGAGUCCGUUCAUUUAUCGACGAUGUUAUCGUAUUCUCAAAGGACAUGGAGUCACAUUUGGCAUCACUCAACCAACUGUUCCAGCGGUUAAAGAAGUAUGGGUUCCAUGUCAAAGCUGAGAAAUGUAGUUUUUUUCAAUCACAACUCGGCUACUUGGGACACAUCGUGGACAAGCAAGGCAUCCAUCCUGAUCCCGAAAAGGUAAAAACAAUCGCUACAAUUCCACCACCAACCAACAUCUCCGAGCUCCGGUCGUACCUGGGUGCAGUCAACUUUUAUGGAAGAUUCGUGCGCAACUUACAAGCAUUGCGCCAUCCGAUGGACCAGCUCUUGAAGAAAGAAACAAAAUGGCGGUGGACCCCAGAAUGCCAGAGGGCUUUGACCAGUUCAAGACAAUUCUCCAAUCAAAUUUACUUCUGA